CCGGACCUGUCUGCUCCUUCCAGUCCGCCCGCUCCGCUCCAUGGGCGGGCCCCGGGCCCUGCUGGCCGCGCUCUGGGCGCUGGGGGUCGCCGGGGCCGCGGAGCUGCGCAUCGGAGCCUUCAACAUCCAAAGCUUCGGCGACCGCAAGGUGUCGGACCCGGCCCGCGGCAGAGUCAUCGCGCAGAUCCUGGCUGGCUAUGACAUCAUGCUGGUGCAGGAGGUUCGAGACCUGGACCUGAGCGCCGUGUCCGCGCUUAUGGAGCAGAUCAACAGCGUGUCCGAGCACAAGUACAGCUUCGUGAGCAGCGAGCCCCUGGGUCGCGACCACUACAAAGAAAUGUACCUGUUCGUGUACAGGGACGACGCGGUGGUUGUCGUGGAUACGUAUCACUACCCGGACCCGGAGGACGCCUUCAGCCGCGAGCCUUUCGUGGUCAAAUUCUCAGCCCCCGGCUCAGCUGCCGAGGAGUUCGUGCUGGUCCCACUGCACGCGGCGCCGCACGACGCGGUGGCGGAGAUCGACGCUCUCUACGACGUGUACCUGGACGUGAUCGACAAGUGGGGCACCGAUGACAUCCUGUUCCUGGGCGACUUCAACGCCGACUGCAGCUACGUGCGGGCGCAGGACUGGGCCUCCAUCCGUCUGCGCAGCAGCGAGAUCUUCAAGUGGCUCAUCCCAGACAGUGUCGACACCACGGUGGGCAACUCGGACUGCGCCUACGACCGCAUCGUGGCCUGCGGCGCGCGGCUGCGGAGGAGCCUGAAGCCGCAGUCGGCCGCUGUGGACGACUUCCAGGGGGAAUUCGGCCUGGACCAGGGUCAGGCUCUGACCAUCAGUGACCACUUUCCUGUGGAGGUGACCCUCAAGUCCAGCUGACCGCCCGAGGCCUGGCCCGAGGCCUGCAGACUGCGGCCACCAGCGAGUCCACAGGGCAGGGCCAGCUAGGCCUGGGUGCCAGCACCCACUCUUCUGGACAAGUGGCCAUGGACACGUUACGAGGCACCUGGAGCCUCAGUUUCCCCAUUUGUAAAAUGGGACGUGACGCUACCUCAGGACUGUUGUGAAGAGUCCCCCACA